AUGGGCUCUCCAGCUCCGGCCAUGGAUCUGGAGAAAGAACUGACGUGCUCGAUCUGCACCGAUCUCCUCUACCAACCACUAACCCUGCUGGACUGCCUCCACACCUUCUGCGGCGCAUGCCUCAAGGAGUGGUUCGGAUGGCAGGCCCUAGCCGCCGAGACAAGUCCGAAUCCCCCGGCCCCCGGCGCCCCGAUCUUCACAUGCCCCUCCUGCCGCGAUGCCGUUCGCAGCACCAAGCACAACGCCACCGUUGUGACUCUGCUGGACAUGCUGAUUGCGACUCAGCCCGACAAGAGGAAGCCUGACGACGAAAAGGCCGAGAUGGACAGCAAAUACCGUCCCGGCGACAACGUCUUUCCCAAGGUGCAUCUCCCCAAGCGCAGCGCUGAGCAGCAGCGGUUGGACGCCGCCGAGCGCCGCCUGAUCGACGAAGUGCGCGAGAUCAGCAGGCAAGAGGCCGUGGCGGCCGCGGCCGGCAGCGACGGCAGCAAUGCUGCUCACGAGGCGAGGCGACGACAGCGGAGAGCAGCUCUCGCUAGCACAAAUGCAGGCUCCGGAGCAGAGUCGGCAUCAGAUGAAGACGGCCGGUUGGCCGUCAGCGGCUCGGGCGACCGCCGCCGCCGGCGCCGUAGCGCGUCGCGGAAUCCUACAGCUCCCGCAGAAGAACAUCUGCCGCCGAUCAUGGGUCACCAGUCGUCGCUGCGGUCUCUGAUAAGCGGUUCGCAAAAUGGGCCUGGCGGGUCCAGCACAGCGCUCGAUAUCGAACGGGAGAUUGAGGCGUUUGCCCGACAGAUUCAGGAGGAAGGCAUCCUGGACGGCCUCGACCUCGACAACAUUGACCUCACAAACGACGACGAGCUGAGCCGCCGCAUUGCAGAGGCCUAUCAGCGGCGGCAGCGCGGCCGAGCACGACAUGAGAGUGGUCGCCAUGACGGGAGCCGGCAUGAAGGCAGUGGGCGACGCGAGGCUUCACGGCAAGAUGCGUCUCGUCCCGAAAGCAACCGCCAUAGAGCGUCGAGUGCUGUGUCACACCGCUCGCAGGUGUCCGUCUCUAGCGCUACCGCGCCCGGCCCCAGCGCCGCUAGCCAACCAGAGCGCACAUCUGGACGGCCUACGCUCUCUGUGUCCUCUGCCAUCGCCGGCCGCCCCCCUUCUUCGUCGUCGCGUCCGUCCAGCCGGCAUCGUUCCCAGUCGCAGUCGUCUCACCGCUCGCGGUCGUCUACCGGCGGUGCACGACCCCAGAGUGCCGUCUUGGCGGACGGUGUAACUCCCGCCCCCCUCGCUAUUUCCGCCACCUCCGUUAGCCGGCCACCAAUAUCCAACUCCGCGAGCCACCACCUCGAGGUGCGCGACGAUUCGCGGCAUCACCACCAGCGCCGACGAACGGCAAGCGAAGGCCGGAGCUCGACACUGCCCGCAACGCACUCUGACCUUGGCGUCAGCCGCCCAAUGGCGCAGUCUCAAAACGACCUGCCUCUGCGUCCUGCAGAGCUACAGGGAGACGCUGUUGUCGUCGCAGAGCUCCCUUCCACACCACCAGCGGCACCAGCCUCUGCCUCGCGGUUGUCGACACGCUCCACCGACGCACGGAGUGCUUCAUUCCCUACUCCGUCGCGGUCCUCGUCCUCGUCCUCGUCUUCACUAAGGUCAAACAACAACUCGCCGACAGCAGUCUCGUUCCAGGCCCGAGCGCUGGCCAUGGGACUUCCUGGGCCGGGAGGCGCACAACAGCCAAAGCAACACUCGUCUUGGCCAGUCACAUCUGCAGGCUCUGCUGCUGAGGGGGGACAAACUCGCGCCAAGCGUGCCACAGCAACGUCUGCCGCAGACCCUUCAGCCCCUCCGAGCACAGCAAACACCAAUCCAGGACCCGCGGCCCUGACUACGGUUCAAAAUACGACACCGCCGCCUGUUGCAACAGCCAACUUUGCACUGUCUCCCGUGACUAUUGACACGUAUGAACUGCCGGCACUUACCUCGCCAGAGUCUUCCUUGCCUCGACAGCAGCUGCAUCAACAGCAAUUACAGCAGCAGCAACAACCGGGGCACCGUCGACAGGGCAGUACAUUCUUCUCAGAGCCCGAUAUAUCCUGCGCCCGGUGCAACCGGCGGCACAUCGAGUAUGAUUUGCACUACAACUGCUCCAUCUGUAGUAUGGGCAAUUGGAACAUCUGCCUAGACUGCUACCGGGCAGGGAAAGGCUGCCAGCACUGGUUCGGCUUUGGCUACUCUGCCUGGCAGAAGUGGGAGAAGAAGGCGGCACAAUGGCGUGCCGAGAAUGCAGCGGCGAUUUCGGCCACCGGCGGUGCGACCUUCCCGCAGCCGCACAUGCUGACAGCCAACCGAUACUUGAUGCCACGCGUUGUACCCGGCGGCGCCGAGGGUCGUCGUACACUGACAAGCGAAGACCCGCAGGACCGUCUCCAGAGCGGUGUAUUCUGCCAGCGUUGCCGUGCCUGGGCUAACAGCUGCUACUGGCGCUGUGAUGUGUGCAACUACGGCGACUGGGGGUUUUGCAACAACUGCGUCAACCAAGGAUUCGCCUGCACACAUCCGCUGCUGCCGCUGACACAUCAACCACUGCCGGCAGCGACCACCAGCUCGCAACCGUCGCAAGCCCAAGGCCAGGACCAGCAACCACACUUGCUGCCCUCACCACCGCCGCGGCCACACGCGUCAGCCCUGUACCAAUUACCUGCCGAGCCGUCGGCAGACUUAACUGUCUCGGCGCCCCGUAUCGGCUCAUUCCGCGCCCUCACUUUUACAACGACGUGCGACAUAUGCCGGAAAGCGAUCCCGCCGAGCCGUGCUCGCUUCCACUGCUACUCGUGCACGAGCACCGUCGUGCCCGACACCCAUCCGGGCGACUACGACGUCUGUCAGGAGUGCUACGGGGCUCUUUUACAGAAGCGGCCGACCGUAUUGGCGCCCGAGAACGGUCCCAACGGGUGGCGCCGCUGUCCCUCGGGUGGCCACCGCAUGGUGGUGGUGGCGUUCCGCGAAGACGGCAAAAACGGUGGCGUGCCGCGGCGCGUCGUGCUCGAGGACCUUGUUGGUGGAUUCCGGCUCGAGACUGGGGAGGCGUCGUCUGCAGCCAGCGGCAUGGACGUCGAGUCCUGGUAUGUUUGGUAUAAGGAGGAGAAACAUUUUGAGCGGCUCGUAUCGCGCGACGUGAGGAUGAGCGCACCGUCCACGGCACCAUCUGCAGUCAUUACAACUGCGGCUGCGGCGGCCGCCUCGCCAGCUACACCAAAGAGCGCACCUUUCCCGCCUCUCGGCGGUGUCGGCCGCACCGCAGUUGCGCGAUGGGCGUGGUACCCUGAGCAAAGCGGUGGUGGCGACGGCGAUGCGACUGCUGCGAAUGACGAGCUCCUUUUCCCGCGUCAGGCCGAAAUUCGUGAAAUUGAAGAUGUCAACGGGGAGUGGUACCACGGCGUGUACAUGGGCCGCAAGGGGCUGUUCCCCAGCGGUUUUGUGAAAUUUCUCGGCGAGUAG